AGUUAAAGACUGAUUCCGUCCUGCUCGUGCGGCUCACGGACAACAUGGCGGCGCUGUGGAGAGCAGUUUCCCGAUGCGGACGCCGGUUCUCCGCCCGCAGCUUCAGCGCAGACUCCGCGGCCUCCGGCAGCGACCAGCCCGCCGCAGACAGACCCAGAUCCGGCUUCGCUGCCGCCUUCGACCUGCAGUCGGAGCUCCGGCGGGAGGCGGCGGACUCCGCGGCCGCCCCAAGAGCCUCCUCCUCGGGUCAGGAUGACAGCUUCGCCUCGCUGCUUCGUCGGUCCCCGCUGAUUCAGAUGGGACCGGCCAAGGACCGAGUAGUGGUCGGGAGGAUCUUCCACGUCCUGCACGACGACCUGUACAUCGACUUCGGCGGGAAGUUUCACUGCGUGUGCCGGCGGCCGGCGGACGGAGCAGAGACGCUGCAGCGGGGCAGCAGAGUCCGGCUGCGGCUGCAGGACCUGGAGUUGACCGGCCGUUUCCUGGGAGCCCGGAGCGACACCACGUUGCUGGAGGCGCAGGCGGUUCUGCUGGGCCCGCUGGACAAGAACCGGGACUGAGAGGAACCAGGAACUGACCAAUGACUGUUUAUGGUCAAUUUCAUUGACCAUUGUUGUAUAAUUUAAUGACGUAAUCAGAAAAUAAACAAUUCUAUUAUUGUUAUAAUCAGCUGAUUCUUUUAUAUGAAUUACUGUGGUGUAAAUGGAUAUGGAAGCCCGUUUCCGCCUGUGAAAGAGGUAUACAAAGUCAUACUUGUGAAAUAAAAAGUCGUAAUUUUGAGAUAUAAAUUCUUUGCUCUGUUAGUUUAGAAGACAAAACCUGCAUGGGUAAUAGAGGGCCCACCACAGCUUGUUCUAUAUUUUGAAAACGACUCUAUGAUUCCAAGAAGACAAGGCACAGACCUGCUGGGGUGGGAGACCAGCAAUAAACGGUCAUCGGUGUGCAACAUCAAUUUAUCAGUCAGUUGCCCCACAUUUAGCUGCAAGAGGCUCAAUAGCAAAACAGAAGAGCAAAGGAGAGAGAGGUGAACCCUGUCUGGUUCUCCUACCCAACCUAAAAUAAUCCGAAACAAGCCCAUAAAUCUGUACCGCUGCUUCUGGGCCUCAGAGUCGGCUUCCGGUAUACCUCUAGCAAAGGAGAAGCUAGCUCUGUCACAAAGAAUCAAUUAGAAUCAGAAUACUUUUAUUAUCCCGAAGGAAAUUGUUUUGUUACAGUUGCUCCAUAUGAGACUCAGUAAGUACCAGAAAGCACUUGAAAAAGUCCCCCCGUAAAGCUUUAUUUGAAGACGGAGCCUUGAUAACCCCCUUUAUCUCCUCAACAGUAAUAUCUGCAUCUAGAAGAUCACUCCACUCAUCUGUUAGUUGAGGAAGCCCUAAUGGUUCCAUAAAAAAUAUAUAACAUGCUAUAGAAAUCUUUAAAAGCCUGAUUAAUGUCCAUCGUUGCAAUAAGCAAGUCCCCACCUAACAGCAGGAAUUGUGGUAACUGUGUAACUGGUAAGCAACUUUCCCGCAUUAUACCCAAACUCAAUAUUUUUGUCUAGUCCUGAAUAAAUGAAAUGCAACCUUU